AUAACUACAAUGGAGGCAGAACCAGGUCCUUCAACAAAAAAAGACACUCUUUCACCGCCGAAAAAAAGACCACGCCUUGCAAUGUCUGUAACCGAGAAGGUUAUGGUAAUGAAUGUCUACAAGCAUACAUUUAAUACCUGGCCACAAAAUGAAUAUUGGUCUUUGUGCAACUGUGCCAACAAAACAGCUGAGAUUCUGGGUAUAUCUAAAAAAACCGUCCGGAGAAUAGUGAUGGAAAAUCAAGCUGGAGAAGAAUUUAAAUCGCCCGAAAAAAGUGGGCCGAAGACCGAUAUACUAAACAAACUUGAUGAAUUCACCUUUUCUGCCAUUAGAAGAAAAGUACAUGAAUUUUUUUAUAGAAACGAGAGCCCGACAAUUAAAAAGAUAGUCCAAGCUGUAAACGACGAUUCUGAUAUGCCUGAUUUUUCAUCCUAUACUAUGAGAAAAGUGCUGAAACAUUUGAAUUUCAAGUAUGCUACCCGCACGCGCCGCAGUUGUUUGAUUGACCGGCAAGACAUCGUACUGUGGCGAAAACGAUAUUUAAUGACGAUCAAGCAAUAUUGCAAUGAAGGGAGAUUUAUAUAUUAUCAAGACGAAACUUGGAUUAACGAAGGGCACGCGGUUAAGAAGACAUGGGUUGAUACGAAGAUCAAAUCGUCAAGAGAAGCCUUCCUCGAAGGGCUCACAACAGGGCUAAAAAAUCCAGUAGGAAAGGGAAAGCGAUUAAUAAUAUCACACGUGGGCAGUGAAGAGGGUUUUGUAGACGGUGGUUUGCUGAUUUUCGAAUCAAAAAAGAAAACCGAAGAUUACCACGAUGAAAUGAAUUCCGAGCAUUUCGAGGAGUGGUUAAGGGGUAUUUUACCGAGAUUGAAAGAGAACUCGGUCUUAGUUUUAGAUAAUGCCCCCUACCAUUCUCGAAAGCUAGAACAGACCCCUUCUUCUGCCUGGCGGAAAAGCAAUAUUCAAGAAUGGAUGAAAUCAAAGAAUAUUACAUUCGAAGACAGCAUGGUCAAAGCUGAACUAUUAGAAAUAGUCAAUAAAGAAAAAUCUAAUUAUCAACAAUUAGCCGUGGAAAAGUUGGCUGCUGAACACGGUGUCACCAUUCUGCGACUGCCCCCUUACCACUGCGAAUUAAAUCCCAUCGAAUUGGUUUGGGCGCAAGUAAAGGGGCACGUUGCUAGGAACAAUAAGACCUUCAAAAUGAACGAAGUGAGACAAUUGUUCGAAGGUCUACAAUUGGUGACACCACAGAGAUGGAGUGAUUGUGUUCAGCACAUAAUAAAAGAAGAGAACAAAAUGAUGCAGCUAGACCAUCUUAUCGAUGACGUAUCGGAAGAUCAAGGUUAA